AUGUCUACCACAACAGAGAAGGUAGCUGACAAGCUGCCUUCUAAAGAAGAGCUCAAGGAAGAUGUAAAGAAGGCAACCAAGUCUUCAGUACAGUCGCUUCGUGCCCUGGUUGCUGGAGGUGUAGGAGGCGUGUUUGCCGUGGUAGUGGGACACCCCUUCGACCUGGUCAAGGUGCGAAUGCAGACUGCUGAAAAGGGUGUCUACACUGGAGCCAUGGAUGUUGUGCGAAAGGGUAUCGCAAGAGAUGGUCUAGUGAGGGGAAUGUAUGCAGGUGUAUCUGCGCCGCUUGUGGGAGUUACACCAAUGUUUGCGGUCUCUUUCUGGGGAUACGAUCUCGGAAAACAGCUCGUCACCUCUCUUUCCAAGGUCGAGAACGGCCAAUUCAGUGUUGCUCAGAUCUCAGCUGCUGGUUUCUUCAGUGCCAUUCCUCAAACGCUCAUCACCGCGCCUUUCGAACGCGUGAAGGUGCUCUUGCAGAUUCAGGGCCAGAAGAACUUGGCACCCGGCGAGAAGCCCAAAUACAGCGGCGGUCUUGAUGUUGUCAAACAACUGUUCAAGGAGGGCGGAAUACGCUCCGUAUACCGUGGCUCCGCAAUGACGCUCGCGCGAGACGGCCCAGGCUCAGCGUUUUACUUCGCAACAUAUGAGACCGUCAAGAGGAACCUCACUCCGAAGGACCCAGUCACCGGCCGGCCAGGAGAGUUGAGCAUGCCUGCUGUUAUGGCUGCCGGUGGUGCGGCGGGUAUUGCCAUGUGGAUUCCUGUCUUCCCAAUUGACACGAUCAAGUCUCGCUUGCAGAGUGCCGAGGGUCGACCAACCAUUAGUGGUACGAUCAAGGGUAUCUACGCGAACGGCGGCUACAAGGCUUUCUUCCCUGGCAUCGGGCCCGCGAUGGCCCGAGCUGUUCCAGCUAACGCAGCAACAUUUGCUGGCGUUGAGCUUGCACAAAAAGCAAUGAGGAAGAUGUUCGAUAAAGACGACGAAUGA